AUGGUCUUGAUGGGAAACCAAACUCUCAUCCCCCACUUCAUUCUCCUGGGCCUCUUCACUCAUUCUCCACUGCACCUUUUCCUCUUCUCCAUCAUCACAGUCAUGUUUCUGGUGGCCUUGUCUGGCAACGGGCUCAUGAUCCUGCUCAUCAACGUUGACUCCCGCCUGCACAGCCCCAUGUACUUCUUCCUCAGCUGGUUGUCACUCAUGGAUCUCAUGCUCAUCUCCACCAUUGUGCCGCGGAUGGCUGUGGACUUCCUACUGGGUGGUGGCUCCAUCUCCUUUACAGGUUGUGGGAUCCAGAUCCUCUUCUUUCUCACCCUUCUGGGAGAUGAGUGCUUUCUGCUGGCCUUUAUGGCCUACGACCGCUACGUGGCCAUUAGCAACCCACUAAGAUACUCAGUAGUCAUGAGCCGCCGUGUCUGCUGGCUCAUGGUGGCAGGGUCCUGGCUCUUUGGACUGGUGGAUGGGCUGAUCCAGGCAGUUUUCACCCUUCGCUUCCCCUACUGCGGCUCUCAGGAGAUCGACCACUUCUUCUGUGAGGUUCCCGCUGUGCUCAAGCUGGCCUGUGCUGAUACUUCACUUUAUGAAACUAUGAUCUAUGUCUGUUGUGUCCUCAUGCUGCUCCUGCCCUUCUCUGUCAUCUCCGCCUCCUACCUGCGGAUUUUGGUGGCUGUGCUCCGCAUGCGCUCUGCAGAAGGCAGGCAGAAGGCCUUUGCUACCUGCUCCUCCCAUAUGGUGGUUGUCUCCCUCUUCUAUGGGGCUGCCAUGAUCACCUACAUGCGACCCCAGGCCUACCACUCUUCCAAACAGGACAAGGUGGUCUCUGCCUUCUAUACCAUGAUCACUCCCAUGCUGAACCCUCUCAUAUAUAGUCUGAGGAACAAGGAAGUGACCGGGGCUCUGAGAAAACUCCUGGGAAGGUGUUCCUGUGGUAGGGAACAGGGUUAG